UUUCCUGCAGGUGUAAGAUGGUUUCUGGCUGUUGUCUGUGGAGUAGCUUCAUGAUGCCUCUUCUCAAUGUGACGGAAGACAGCGGCCCCAGCACGAACCCGACCCCUUAUUCGCCAUCAUCUCUGUCCUUCAUCACGUACUCCGCACUACCAUCAUCCCUCUCUCCGUCUCUUCCGCAGUCAAACUGCUCCGUGUCUCCUGCUCCCUCCUCUCAGCCGUAUAACUUCUACGCCGUGUUGUUGGUGCUGCUGAUCUUUUGCGUCGUGUUUGGUAACGUGCUGGUGUGCAUGGCCGUGUCACGAGAGAAAGCUCUUCAGACCACCACCAAUUACCUCAUCGUGUCUCUGGCCGUGUCAGACAUGCUGUUGGCGACGCUGGUGAUGCCCUGGGGCGUUUACCUGGAGGUUGUGGGUGAAUGGAGGUUCAGUCGAAUCCAUUGUGACAUCCUGCUGACCCUCGAUGUGAUGAUGUGCACCGCCAGCAUCCUCAACUUGUGUGCCAUCAGCAUCGACAGGUACACGGCCGUGGCGAUGCCGCUACUGUAUUACACGCGAUACAGCUCCAGGAGAAGAGUCACGCUGAUGAUCGCUGUCGUCUGGUUCCUUUCCUUUGCCAUUUCCUGUCCGCUGCUGUUUGGUCUCAACAACACAGCCAGUCGGGAAGGAAGAGACUGCAGCUUUGCCGACCCUGCAUUCGUGGUCUACUCGUCUGUCGCUUCCUUCUACGUUCCCUUCAUUGUCACACUGCUGGUGUAUGCGCAGAUCUGCGUGGUGCUGCACAGACGUGGCAGACGCACAGCACCUUCACGCAGACACGGCCUUCACCCUGAGCACAGAGACGGACGGAGACCACGCAAGAAUAAGUGCACUCAUCCUGAAGAUGUCAAGUUGUGUACUUUAAUCGUAAAACCUCCUACGCCGGCUCCGCAACGCAAGAAAGUGACGCUUGUGAAAGAGGCUGUGGUUCAUCCGCUGGAAGUAGAUCCGGUGUGUUUUCUGGGUCAGGAGAGAGAGCAGAUGCAGACGCAGAUCCCCGGAUGUGCUAAAAUCGCCCUCUCGCUGUCUGUGGCCCCGAGUCCCACUCGCCCCUGCUCCACGCAUUCGGCCCCGGGCCCUCGCAGGGCCACGUUGCAAGAGAGCUUGAACACCCGUCAGGGAUGGAGGGAGAGGAAUACAGAAAGAGAAAAAGGAGCCGCAGUGAAGGAGAGAGUGAGAGGACGACUGUCACAGCAGAAAGAGAGGAAGGCCACACAGAUGUUGGCCAUUGUUUUAGGUGUGUUCAUCAUAUGCUGGUUGCCGUUUUUCCUCACUCACGUGUUGAAAGCUCACUGCGGCAGCUGUUGCAUCUCUCCGUCGCUCUACAGCGCAGUCACAUGGCUGGGUUACCUGAACAGCGCUGUCAACCCCGUCAUCUACACCACCUUCAACAUCGAGUUCCGCAAAGCCUUCAUUAAGAUCCUGCACUGCUGA